AUGGAAAUGUUUGGUGCGUUCAAGAUUGAAGGUGAGGAUGAACAAGAAGUAAAAUACUGCAAGGUGAACCACGACUCCAACAUCGAGGGUAUAUUUUCCAACUGGGAAUUAAAAAGAACUGGCUUGUUACUGUCCUUGACGGGCUCCGAUUUUCCGGACAAAGAGAAACAGAAAGAGAUUGUGAAGGCGCUUGCUGAGGUGUUUGCUAGCACAGGUACAUGGGUGUUCUCAGACGCAAUUGAUGAUGUCGGAGAAAUCCUGAGAGAAGCUGUUUUAGAAGUAGAAGCUAUCAAUGAUUACCAACCGGUGGUCAUUGGUGUUUUCCCCUGGAAUACCGUCGCAGAGAAGAUCGUUGAAAAGAGUUUAAUACCGAAGGAUGAUCCCGUGGUUAAUACACAAUUUACCCAUUUCAUUUUUGUUGAUGACGGCAUCGAUGUUGAUGAGUUUCGAGUGAAGCUUGACUCUACAAUUUCAAGCAGUGCAUUCGGGACUGUCGACGCAAAAAUCCCAGUUGUGGUAUUAUACAUCGGACACGAUGUCAACAAAAAAUACUUGAAACUGUCUGUGGUAAAUGAUCACCCGGUGUUAACGUAUGGAAAGUCUAAAACCCAGAUGAAAUUUACCGAUGAAGAGUUUAAAGGAAAAGAACAUCUAGUUUCAUCUGUCACCAGCGACAAUUCGAUUGAAUAUGCUAAUGCAAUCUUGAAAUCAGUGAUUGGGGCCAACGACGAAUCUAUCGAUUCCUUAAGACUUUCUAUUGUCUGGAAUGAAUCGCAUGAUCAAGUUGCCUCACUGGUAAAAAACAGCAAACGGUGGAAAAAUGAAACAUACAAACAUACACUGCUGAAUUUUGCGUUAGAAAGCGACAACGGGAAAACCGCAACCACUCUUGUUUCUAGUGGUAUAGAUUUGGUUCAGUUCUGUAACAGACACUUGAUUGAUCUUUUCAACAAAAUUGGUAACGAUGUAUUUGAUAAAAAGGAAUUUGACACACUUAAAGAUGUGCAGGAUUACGUAUCGGAUGCCACAGAAGUUUUGUUAGACAUUACUGAAGGCGUAAAAUCAAAGGAAAUUGCCAUUAACUGCCUUUUCAUUUGGUCCAUCUUUAGUCUGAGGUAUGAUAUAUCUUACCAGUUUUGGCGACUGUCAGAAAGCAAGAUGACUGCGGCUGUGUUUGCAUGCAAGUGUUUGAAACGAAUGAAGAAGUACACAGAAGAUGACGAUAGGAAAUCAAGAAUCGAAUGGAUGAUUGGUAAAUACGAUCAUAGAUCUACUUGGAUCUUGACAAAGUGUUAUGCUGAUAAGAAGAACAAGGCCAAGAAGUGUCUAGUACGGGAGAGGAAGGUAUUUGGAGGCACAUCUACACUGCUUAUGGCCAAUCAGAAUAAAGUGUUCAUACAACAGAGCGCUUGCCAAGCGGCCUUGGAUGACAUAUGGCUUCAACCAUUGAGCACAGAUGAGACCACCAACCCAUUUUGGAAAGUUAUGUUCUUAAUGAUAAAUCCAUUAUUCGCAGGGUUUUUCUUGCAUUUCGUAGGCCAAGAUUCUAUGACAAAUGGGAACGGAAAACAGAUGUGCUGCGGUGGAUUUGCAUGGAUGUUAAAAAGAGCAUGGGACUACACUCAUAGCCCGUUGGUCAAGUUUAUGUACAAUAUGCUGAGCUACCUAGUGUUUCUGACUCUAUUUGCAUACGCUAUUGUUUUCAGUACCAAUCAGUCGCUCUCCGCAGUGAACUAUGCAUUGAUGGUAUGGGUGUUUUCCUUCGUUAUUGAGGAAAUCAGACAACAGCUUGUUUCGAAUGACGACUACAUCACUGAUAUAUGGAACUGGAUCGACCUGUUAGCGCUCGCUUUAUUCAUUGUCGGAGAAGUGUUGCGCAACAUAAGUUUAGACUUAGCAAGGAUAAUUAUGGCGCUUGACUUCAUUGUUUUCUCCUUGCGACUCCUUCACGCAUGUACAUGUCUUAGAAAUAUUGGACCAAAACUUGUGAUGAUCGGCAAAAUGAUGCAAGACCUUGUCUACUUCUUCAUAAUUAUGAUGGUCGUUGUGGUGUCGUAUGCUAUCGCUACGCAAUCAAUCCUGUACCCCAACUCACCCUUCACAUGGUAUACAUUCUACAAGACAUUGAAGAUUCCCUACUGGAACAUCUUUGGAGAACUAGGAUUGGAAGACAUCGAGGAUGUUGGAAAUUGCACAAACGAUACCAUGGCUGGUUUUGGCGAUCUUCCCAGAUGCCCUACCAAAGCAGGGGUGUAUAUCGUUCCAAUCAUGAUGGCAAUCUACAUGCUGAUCGUCCAAGUCCUCCUGCUUAACCUUUUGAUCGCCAUGUUCAGCUUCACGUUUGAGAAGGUCCAAGACGAAACCGACAAGCACUGGUGUUUCCUCCGCUUCAAGUUGAUUCGCGAGUACUACGACCGACCCUUUCUCUGUCCUCCACUUAUCUUGAUCAGUCACGUAAUGCGAAUUGUAUUUUACAUACGCAGAAAGCGGGUAAAACACCACGACCACUGCGGCAAUGCAUUUUGUGAACACGUUGAGAGGACGGAAUGUGAGCGACUGAUCAGAUGGGAACGAAUGCAUGCUGAGAAGGCAAAACUAAAGAAAGACGACUUGAAACGUCUGCAAGAAUCGUCGCUUUCUGGAGCUUACACGGAGAUCAGGCGAAACUUGCUGAUAGAUACCUAA